AUGGAUGAUGUAAUAAGGGAACAAAUUGCUAUCUUGGAACAAGCUGUUGAUGUCUACACCAUGGAGUUGGAAAGGUUUUUGACAUUUAUCAGUGGUGUAUUUGAAAAUGCACCUUUCUUCAUUUCAGCAGAGGUUGCUGGUGCAUUGGAAGCAAGGAAAACUGAUGACUACAAAGAGAUCAAUAUUCCAGCUGGGAAAACUUAUGAGGUUUUACUCUCUGUUGAUGCGGUAAACUCAUACAUUGCGUGGGACUUUUCAUUGGUACAAGGCAAGAUGAAUAUGGAUAUUGGAUUUAGUUUGGAGUUUGUAAGUCCUACCGGGGAAAAAACUCUGAUGUUACCAUACCGCCGAUACGAGUCUGACCAAGGAAACUUCUGUACGUUAAUGACAGGAAGCUAUAAACUGAUUUGGGACAACACGUAUUCAACCUUUUUCAGAAAGGUUAUACGGUACAAGCUAGAUUGUAUACCUCCUGUGACAGAGCUAGUGCAGUCCGACUGA